GAAGAGCUAAAUAAAAACAAUCACCCUCCACAAGCAGCUUCACAUUUAAAUCGCGUUCGCGUUGGUGGCAUCGCACUAAAAUUAAUUAACUCGUACCGAUUGUUGCUAAAUCGAAUGCAUAAAAGUUGGUGAAUGUAUCAGCAAGUUCUACAUAUUGUUCGUUAAUCGAAGGAACAGAAACACUUUCACACAUUGGUGAAACAUUAUUUUCCGUGAUUUUGUCUUGCUUUUGUGGUGGGAACACAAAAAAUCCCUUUGUUAUUGUCGUGCGUGGUGUUGUCGGGAGGUGCGGGACUCAAUCUCAGUGCAGACUAGCCCGCGACCGAUAAGCAACAACGUGAUACGGAAGCGAAACGCAGUAGCCCUCGGGACUGAAAAUGCCAAAGAGUGUCACCUAGUUACGGACAUUUUUCUUUGUUUUGGCUCACCACUCACAUCAAUUAGUUCGGCAAGUGACGGUUUUGAGAACGGAGACUUUAUUUUUUUGAUAGACAUUUAUUUGGAUUUUCGUGAAAACAAAGGAAUGCGUGAAUAUCAUUUUGCGUAAUCAUUCAAGUAAAGUUGUGUAUUGCGCAGAAGUACCAAAGGCACUGAAUAGAAAGAAAGCAACCAGCUGGUGUGCAAACUCGAACAGAAAAUCAAAACACCACCCCCGUGGGGCUAGUGGCUGAGCGCGAUCCGUGGAAGACGAUUUGCGCAGUCCGAUAACAUCAGCAGCAGCAGCAGCUUCUCGUGUGAAAUAUGUGUCGCCAAAACAUCGUCGUGUGAAUUGGCAAACUAAAGCGUUAAUCAGGCGUGCUUUGUGCUAAAUUGCGGUGUGCAUUGUUGGAGCGGACGUUGGCAGUUCCCGGAAGACCGCAGGCAAUCAGCGCGCAAGAAAGAAAGGAAUGAACUUCUCGACGGUCUUCAUGGACGAAACGUUCGCCUACCUGUACCGGGAGGUGAUGGAGAACUACGUGCCGGCGUAUUUCAAAUCGAUGGAGUACACCCCGUGGAUUUUCUCGCUGCUCGGUUCGGCCCUGAUCGGGCUGAGCGGGAUCCUACCGCUGGCGGUGAUCCCCGUGGGGCCCGAUGGGGCCGACAAGGACUUUAAGGAUCCCGCCGAAUCGAAGACACUCAAAGUGCUGCUGAGUUUCGCCGUCGGAGGUCUGCUGGGGGACGUCUUUCUGCACUUGUUACCCGAGGCCUGGAGUAGCGAUGUGGCGUCCGGUGGAACUGAUGACCAUCCUUCGAUGCGCAGUGGUUUGUGGGUGCUUGGUGGUGUGCUGAUUUUUACAAUCGUGGAGAAAAUCUUUUCCGGAUAUACGAGUGCUGACGAGAACAAUCCACAGCCAAAGUGCGUCGAAAUUGCCACAUGCUUGCUGAGGAAGUCCGGCGGAAAGCUCCCGGAGGGGUACGUUGGAACUUGUGGUCAAACUGGUGCUUGUGAUAUUGAAGAUGUGCCAAAUGGGUGCUUUCUGGCAGGGAAAGCGACGGAAGAGAAAAAAGAACCAACCAAGAAGGUGGCAGGUUAUCUGAAUUUGCUGGCCAAUUCGAUCGAUAACUUCACUCAUGGUCUGGCGGUAGCAGGUUCGUUCCUGGUGUCUUUCCGACAUGGCGUGUUGGCAACGUUUGCCAUUCUUUUGCACGAAAUCCCGCAUGAAGUGGGAGACUUUGCCAUCUUGCUGCGAUCUGGAUUCAGUCGGUGGGACGCAGCCAAAGCACAACUGCUGACGGCCGGAGCCGGGCUCAUAGGAGCGCUGGUAGCCAUUGGGGGUAGCGGCGCAACCACGGCCAUGGAAGCUCGUACGUCCUGGAUUAUGCCGUUCACAGCGGGAGGCUUUCUACACAUCGCCCUGGUCACGGUGCUGCCGGAUCUGUUGAGUGAAAGCGAACCACGUGAAUCGAUCAAACAGUUUGCCGCACUGUUGCUGGGUAUUGGCCUGAUGGGCAUUAUGACCGUGUACUUGGAACACUAGAGCCAACGACGCAAUCUCUCGUCUAGAGCAUAAUUCAGACGAAGGCAUGUUAUCAGGAAACGUGAAAAAUCUGACCGAAUGUUUAGGGUGGCCCUUUUGAAACGGUCUCCUAAUUUUAGGAACCUCUACACCCAACCAGGUAUACGUAGCGGGCGAUUUAUGCGAUUUAUAAGCGGUGCUGCUGCUCUCAUUGACGAUAGCACAGUAUAGUAAUGCCAUAGAUAAGACUCCUCAUCGGAACAAAAAAGUCUGAGGACGAAAUGUAAAUCAUCAAAAAAUUAUAGGUUAGCAAAUUAUGAGUAAAAAUUACAAAUUAGAUGUAUUUAAAAAAUCAACUCCUGUGUAUUCGUAGUCCGUUGUGUAAUGUUAAAAAGGAACAUGCGGGAGCGACAUGAGAUAGCGUAACACUUAUGGAAUUGAAUGGGACGCUCUUAAUCCGCUCAAUCGUUUGACCGAAUAUGUUAUUUGUUUUAUUCCCUAAAAUUGAAGCAAUUUCUAGGAGUUAAGGAUCAAGCAUUGGAAAAGGUCGUUUUUCUCUAAGAAUAAAGUUAAAGUUUGUACAUAUAGUGAUUUCGUUAUAGUGAUCAUAUUGCUAUGAUUGGAAUCGAAAGAUAGUGGAGACACCCUAAUGAGGUGUAUGAAUUAGUCAUUUACCGUUUUGAACCGAAACAAUGUGAUUUCUUGUAUGAUAUCUGAGAGAUAAAAAUGAAAAGAAUCCGAAAUAAACUAUGAUAUUCUAUUUCAGCAAACAGAAAA